AUGUACUCUAACAAGGAUAUAGAUCCUUAUGUUACUUUAAGAAUGGCAGAAACCGAAGCCACAUUAUGGGAAGAGGCGGAAAGGUCUGGACAGGAAUCAAUCCCUGUAGAUCCUAGCGUUUCUCCGACCAUGUCAGUGCCUAUGGCCUACGGAAGGUGGUGGUGUUACAUUGAUGGAGUCACAGAAAAGAUAGUAGGAGCACAAAACGUAAGACGAAGUCUCACACGUCUACAUGCGGAAACGGAAGACCUCAUAGGGGUCAUGCACUGCAUGCUGGAGAACCAGAAGAUGGAAGUGGCUUUUGCAACAGACUGUUUGGAGUUGGUGAAGAUGGUGUCUACACCCGAAGAAUGA